AAAGAGAAGGCUUUACUCUCUGCGAAUUUCUCACUCUCUCUCUCUCACUCACUCUCUCUCUUCAGGUGAAGGCUUGCUUAUUCAACUAUGGGAGAUAGUGAAACAGUAGUUGCCGAAGCACCUGCAGCUGAGACACAUGCUGCUGCUGGGUUUGGUGACUCUGCCUCAAACCCUACUCAGGAAGUAGCUUCUACUGUUGCUGAGCCUGCUGCAGAGGCUGCUACUCAAGCCAAUUCAGCUUAUGCCUUAGGUUAUUCGAAUACUGGCGACGGAAAUGCUUAUGCUGAGGAUCCUAAUGCUAUGCAACCAGAAGCCCAAACCAAUUCAACGGAGGAUUCCAAGCAAGGUACUGAAGCUCCAAGUGGGCUUGGAACUGCAGCUACAGGCUCAAGUCAAGUAAAUGGUGGUCCAGUGGGUGCAAUAGCAAAUGCAACAGGACUUGAGAAUGGGAAUGCAUUAGGGAACACUGUCAAAAUAGGCAGAAAAUGUACAAAGAAAAAAAGGAAGAAAAAACUUAGUUAUAUAUUUUGA